AUGGAGAAGGAUACAAAAGAAACGGAACUAUCCCAAACAGUUGAAAUAUCUACGAGUACUGCCAUUCAGAUAGCGUUAUGCGUGGCCCUCAUGUUUGUUAUAAUAACUGGUAAUUCGUUUGUAGUCGCGGCAUAUUUCUCGAACUAUAGAAUUCGUACAGGGACCUACACGUUCCUUGUUAGCUUGGCGAUCUCGGAUCUGCUUGUAGGCUGCGUUUCACUGCCUUUGUGGAUGUACAUCAUUUUACAAAACAUUCAGAGGGGAACACUUAACACAAUUUUCCUGUCUUUCGAUAUCUUCAGCGCGCUGGCUUCAAUUUUUCAUCUGACCACCGUAAGCCUGGAACGCUGGCUCUCAAUUUCGCGGCCGUUUUUUUACGAGACGCUCUCUACGUUGCAUUACUCGCUGAUAAUUUGCGGGGUGUGGAUCUCAGCGUUCGCCAUAGCAGCCGUUAGACCUGCGCUGGAUAACACAGCAAGUAGCAAUCCUCAUAGGAUUUACACUCCUUUCUUGUUGCUUGUGGGCUACGUUGGACCCGGGAUAUUAAUCUGCAUAGUGAAUUACUCUAUCUUCAAAGUGGCUCGCAAGCUUAUUGCAAAUCUUCCAAACUGCACUCUUCAAGACUCAGAGGAAAGUACCCAAAUACGUACAAAUAUAAAUAAACAAAGACGAAUUGCGCUCACUCUUGCGUUCGUCACUGCAAUGUUCUUAGUCUCAUGGUUAUCGUUUUUCACAAUCAGCACCAUCGCGGUUUUUUGCACCUAUUGCGUGCCCUUCGAAAAAAUGACUAACUUUCUUAUAUUUGCAAAGUGGUUGCAGUAUUGUAAUAGCGGGAUGAAUCCAAUGGUGUACGCAUUUCGUGAUGCUGAAAUGAGAAAAACGUUUGUUAGGCUUCUUGGGCCGUGCAGACGUGUUCUGGAGUCCCGCGGAAGGCGUAUUGCGCCCGCCAUCAUAGCAUCGCUGACUGAAGGUAGUGUUGCAUCGCCCGGAGACCACGAAAAAACACGAAAACAAGAAUCGCAACUAUAA